AUGGCGGCAGCUCUGCAGAACGCGGCGAGGACGCUCGGCGGCCGCACGCUCCAGCGAACGCAGGCGGCGGAGCUGUUCCCGCGGCUCAUCCCCGGCGGCUCGCCGGCGACUGUCUCUUCCUCUCGCAUGUUCGGCUCCUCCUCCUCCUCUGGUGUACCAAACAGAUACAAACAUAUGGAUGAUGAUGCAUCGCGUGUCCUGAUGCAACUCGACCAGAAGAAAGAGGAGCUGUACAAUCUGCUGAGGAAGGUGACGGGGAACUCCAAGUACAGGCACCCCUUUUGGUAUACUCGAAGCCAGAACAAUCGGCUACAGGAGCUACUUUCUCUACACGUUGAUGUUAGACCCGACGACCGCGCAUGGCGCUGGGAUCGCCGAAUACAUGUGACGCUCGCGUGUGUUUGGGUUGCAGCUAUCUGGCAUUCUGGUUAUAUGUGCGGAAAAGAGCAACCGGAUGACAAUACCAAGUCAACAUCUUGCCCGACGGAGAAGCAAAUUGUGCCUAUCUCGACUAGUUAA